AUGUCGAGCCCUGUGGACACCCACAAAAAGACCUUUCACGUUCAAGAGCAGCAGGGCGAGCGGGCCAACCCUCACGAACAAACGCCCACCUCCGACGAUGGCACCUACGUGAACGAGUCAUCCGGCGAGCAGCGCAACGCCAACUCCAACAACCUCAAGGUCAACACGGCUCUACACGAAGAUUGCCCGCCGCCGAUGAGCACGCCCUCCGCGCGCCGCGAGCAAGCCACCCGCCUGGAGGAUGAUCUCAUGCUGCUGCAGGCCGAACGCGUGGCAUCGCGCUCCACCCAAGGCGAGAAUGGCGAGGGAGAGCGCAACUCAAUGAGCCGCACGCGAUCGCGUCGCAGUGAGGCUGUGGACGAGUUCGACGAGGCGACCAACCCUCUCCACGAGAAGGCCGCCGUCUACAAGCCCCCUGAGAGCCCCAACACCAAGUUGUCGGCGUUUGUCAAGCGGAUCCACCAGUCCAGCUUCAUCGUGCGCUACCUGACCUAUAUCGUGCCUAUGGUACUGCUGAUUCUGAUCCCGCUGCUGGUCGGUGCCCUCCGAUUCCCCAACACAAGUGUCGGUGGCGUCAAAUUGAUGUGGUUCUCGAUCUGGCUGGAAAUCGUGUGGUUGACACUCUGGGCCGGUCGCAUCGUGGGCAAGUGUCUGCCACCUGUGACGAGUGUCAUCGCUAGCAUCUUCACGAACAAUGCGAAGAAAUGGCGUGACAUGGCCAAGCAACUCGAAAUCCACUUUGCUCUCUUCCUGUGGUGGCUCGGUGUCGAGAUUUCUUUCUUGCCUACGAUGAAGAAUCACCACGUGGACGGUGACAAGACUACUCGCAGCUGGGAAAACACACUGAACAAGAUUAUCAUUGUGAUCUUUGUAUGGACCAUUCUCAAUUUGAUUGAGAAGGUCAUCAUCCAGCUGAUCGCCAUCAGCUUCCAUCUGCGCACCUACGCCGACCGCAUUGAGAUCAACAAGUUUCAGAUCGGCAGCUUGGUCAAGCUCUACCAGUGGUCCCGCGCGCAGAUCGAGGAGGACGACGAUGCGUUUCAGGAAAAACAGGGAGACUCCGGCCCUGAGGGCGGCACAAAGACGCCCUUGCACUAUGCCGGUAUGGCCGGACGUGCGGCUAAGAGUGCCGUCAACAAGGUCGGAAACAAGGUCGGCGAUGUCGCUGGAGGAGUCGUGGCUGACUUCACUGGUCGUCGAGUCAAGAACAGCAGUGAUCCGUAUCAAGUGAUUCUCACCCUGCUCCGAUCUACCGCGGGCUGUCAGGUUCUGGCUCGCCGUCUCUACCGGACCUUUGUGCGCGAUGGUUUCGAUACUGUGUUCUCUGGUGAUCUGAAGGAGGCUUUUGACAACAAUGAGGAGGCCGAGGCUGCCUUUGUCAUGUUCGACCGCGACAUGAACGGAGAUAUCUCAAUGGAUGAAUUGGAAGCCGUCUGCGUGGACAUUGGUCGUGAGCGCAAGUCGAUCACUGCCUCGCUGAAGGAUCUGGACUCUGUUGUCUCGAAGCUGGACGAUGUCUUUAUGUUCUUCGUCUUUGUUAUUGUCCUCAUCGUCUUCCUCUCUCUGAUCUCGACCUCCGCCGCUGGUGUUCUCACCUCGGCGGGUUCCACCAUUCUCGCUCUGUCUUGGUUGUUCUCUGCUACGGCCCAGGAGUUCCUACAGUCCAUCAUCUUCGUCUUUGUCAAGCAUCCCUUCGAUGUCGGUGACCGUGUCACCGUGUAUGGUAACUCCGGUGACACCGGCCUUGGUGACGACUACUUUGUCAAGGAAAUUACUCUUCUCUACACUGAGUUCAAGAAGAUGCAGGGCCACGUUGUCCAGGCUCCGAACAGCUACUUGAACAGCCUCUUCAUUCUCAACCAACGCCGUUCCGGUGCCCUGGCCGAGGCCGUCCCAAUCAUCAUCAAGUACGGCACGACCAUCGACCAGCUCGAUGGCCUCCGCCAGCGCCUGCUGGAGUUUGUCCGCAGCGAGAAGCGCGAUUUCCAGAGCAACAUUCUCACCGAGAUGCGCGCCGUCACCGAAAACUUCUCCGUCACCCUGAACGUCGUCUUCUUCUACAAGUCCAACUGGCAGAACGAGGGUCUCCGUCUGCAGCGUCGCAACAAGUUCAUCUGCAUGCUCAUGAUCGCCCUGCAAGAGAUCGGCAUCGAGGGUCCUCGCAUGAACCUCCAGGGUGCGAACGUGGACAUCCCCUUCCACGUCAACUACGGCCAUCCCAUGAUGGCCCCGACUCCGGCCCCGCGACACAACGACCCCACCCAGGCCGAGGAGGUCACCACCAUCGGUGACAACUCGCAUUCCAUCCCCGAGAACACCAGCAUCAGCACCGGCAGCGCCACCCGGCACCCGUCCAUCCUCCGCAAGGGCAUGAACACCGCGGCGGCCCGCGCCCGCGGAGCCUCCACCUCCCGCAAGCACGUGGAUUUCUCCCUGGGCAUGGCCAAUCUGUCCUCCAACGACGUGAUGGGCGAUGUCUUCGAGGACCGCACCGUGCGCAUCGACGACGUCGUCCGCACCUCGAACCGCGAGGCUGCCGAGCGCCGCAUGCAGGAAGUCGCCGAAGAGGAAGAGGAGCGUCGGAGCGCCAGCGCCUCCUCCUCGCGCCACCGUCGUCCCUCAAACCUCAGCGUCCCAACGCAAGGGGAGGGCCGGCCUUCGACCGACGCCCCCAGCGUUCGCAGCGGCGGCAGCUCUACCCGCAACCGCUUCUUCCGCCACCGCAGCAGCGUCAGUCGGGACCGUCGCGACCUCGAAUCUGGCCGUGGUGUCUCACCUGGCGCCCCCGGCCCAGCAGUUUCCGGUGCACAGACUCGAGACUCUACUACUGAGGGCCGCGCGCAAUAA